AUGAACCAAGCGACGCCUUUGACGCGAGAUCAAGCAGCUGACUGGCCGCCACCCGCUGUUGACGGGUCGAAAUAUGUUGUGGAAUCGCCCUCCAAACUCGGGGGUGACGGCCAGUGCGAGGAAGGACGUGUGGUCCGCUCUCCGAAAGGCUUGCUGGGAGGAGCGUCUGAGGCUGGGACGGACGAACAUCACGGGCGUCGAGCUAUGGCUCCCGGCACACCGGCACGUAGAGAGGAGCCGCCCCUUCUCCGCCUACUCCGCGCCGUAACCUCGAAACGACAACUUUCUUGCUGUAUGCAGAAGGAUGAACGCGUCGUUGGGAGAAAUGCCAACCUGGCGAACAUGGUGGAUAAGCAGCUCAAGAACAAGAGCCGUCAUGCCUUGUCAUGCCUCUUUCCGAACCAUGACCAGGGUGCUCGACGCAAGAACGCGAAGCCCGCAACUAAGGGCCAAGUUGCGCACGGAGGUGUUGAGGACGGGCCGACACCUGGAGCUUACGGUCAAUACAAGAAGUUACGAGACGAGCAUCCGGAGCCGGGUGAAGCGCAUAAACGUACGGUGACGCCCCAGAUGUUUGUCUACAGGGCCGGUGGCGGGCUGAUCGCGGAGUUUCAAGGCGGCACGCCGUUCAGAGCCAGUGACAACGCCACCAACUUCGACAAAGCCUCAUAUCCCAAUGCCGAGAUCUCACAUUGA